AUGGACAAUGUUUUAGAAGGAGAUGAGACCAAACUGGCUAUUGCAUGGAAUAUUGUAAGGAAUAGACCGAAAGAAGAGCGAAUAGACGUCUAUAUCAAAAGACUGAGGAAGCAAUUGCAAGAUGAAAAGAAUCACGAAUUGAAAGCAAAGUUGUUCGCGGAAAAAGUACUUAAUCAAGAGAAAAACAAACUUCAAUUGAAAACUUCUUUUAUUUCCGAGACCUUGAAUAUUCCCACCAGAGUAUUAAAGAAGGAAAUUGACGAUAUAGAUUUAUACCUGCUUUCGAAUAUUUAUGAUUGUCUGCAAGAAAAACGAGCAAGCUCAGAAGGAGUUUCACUAAAAACAUUUAACUAUGUCUUUGAUGGGAUAUUUCGGUUCUUAAAGUGUUCAGCGGAUCCACGAAUAUCGUCUGCAAAGGACUAUCCAGAUGAGUUCUUCGCCAAAAUUAAAGGUCUCUUUGAGGACAUUCUUAUUCUACUAAAAAAAGACCUAAGAAUGCUCCAAAUUGCGAUGCGCUUGGCGGACUUGGCAGAGUUUGUUUUACACUUAAUUGUUGACACGCAUCGGAUUAUGCAAACAAAUGCUGCAAGGGGAUUGCCCGUUUCGCCAAGAGCGAAGUUUUUGGACUUUUAUAAAUUUUUGGAACAAUCAAUAUUUUUGAAGCUCUCUACUGCAGCUCCUAAUUUACUUGAACAGCUUGUACACCAAGUGGUAUCACAGAUGGAAACGUGCUUCCUUAACUGCAAGAGUGCGGAUUUUGAAGCACGGCUCCUUUUCAGCGAAUGCUUCUUUUCUUUUACAGAAAUCUUCUUUCCAUGUCUUCACUCAUAUGAUAUUCGUAUUUCGCAGAUUGCCAAUUCUGGCGUCCGAAAGCUGAGGAACCUUAUUCAGCAAGAAGAGAUGCAUACGCAUGAGUCAAGCAAUUCGGGAUCUAAUUUUGCAUCGUCUUACGUUCUGUUGGCUGGACUGAAAGAAUUAUUACCGCCCAAUGACCUUUUUGACGAUACCUAA